AUGGGUGAUAUUUUGAUUAAUGGUCGCACACAGACUUUGGCUUAUGGAACAUCAGCUUAUGUGACUCAAGACGAAACUUUGAUCACAACGCUAACGGUCAAGGAAGCCGUGUACUACUCCGCUCAGCUCCAAUUCCCAAACUCAAUGACGAAAUCUGAAAAAAAGGAGAGGGCGGAGACGACGAUAAGAGAGAUGGGAUUGCAGGAUUCCAUGAACACGAGAAUCGGAGGGUGGGGAGCCAAAGGCCUCAGCGGGGGCCAAAAGAGGCGAGUGAGAAUCUGCAUCGAGAUUCUGACACGCCCGAAGCUCCUUUUCCUCGACGAGCCAACCAGCGGGCUAGAUAGUGCAGCUUCCUACUAUGUCAUAAGCAGAAUCACGAAACUAGAGCAGAGAGAAGGGAGGACUAUCAUCACGUCCAUUCAUCAGCCGAGCAGCAAAGUGUUCGGUCUGUUUAUCAACCUUUGUCUCUUGUCUUCGGGUAGAGUGGUGUACUUUGGCCGUGCUAACGCGACAAAUGAGUUUUUUGCAUCGAAUGGUUUCCCUUGCCCAACUCUUCAGAAUCCAUCAGACCACUUCCUUAGAACAAUAAACAAGGAUUUUGACGAGGACAUAGAACAGGGUUCGAAAGGAAAGAGAGCAACAGAGGAAGUGAUCGAAAUUCUCGUUAACAUCGUUUAAAUCUUCUGAUGGCUACCAAGAAGUUAAAAGACAAGUUUCUGAAAUAUGUAAAUAAGUAACG